AAACUAUUUUAUUCUUUUCUCUCAGUUUUCCAUAUGCUUUACCUUCAUCUUUCACUAAGUAGUUGAAAAAGGGAACAAAAACAAAAAAGAAUUCCAUAUCUCCAUUAUUCCCAAAUCUUCUCUCCACUGUAAAGUACAGAAUCAAAAAGUUAACAAACAUAAACAACCAAAACUAAAACCAAACACAUUUUCCUGAAUCAAAACUCAAAAGAUCAUAUCUUUUCACUCUUUAUUUAGUCACUCUUCAUCAAACCCCAGAAAAAAAAUCGCAUCUUUUCCCCUUAAUUCAUCAUUAAAAUCUCUUCCAUCCAACAUAGGAGAGAGAAAGUAAGAAAAAGAAACCCAGAAAAAUGUUAUCAGUAAAGCUGGUGAGAUCUCUGGUUCUGGGUGAAACCAUCAUCAACAACCCAUUUACUCAUCAUCAUCAUACUCAUGAUGACAAUGAUAAUGAUAAUGAUAAUGAUGAUGAUAAUGAUACUCAUACACAUACACAUGCUGAGUAUGAUGCAGAUGAUGAUGAUGAUGCCCAUCUUCAAAGAAGAACACUCAAAUCUUCUGAAAACAACAAUGAAAAAGAUAAACUUAAGAAGAAGAAGAAAAAGAUGCCAUUGUUAUUAUUCAUCCCAACAAAAGAAUUAAUUAGUGAUACUUUUAGAUUAGCUACAAUUGCUAGAGAUAUUGGUAUGGAUUUUCACCCUUCUUCUUCUCUUUCUCAUUUACUCUUCUCAUGGCCAUCUCCUCCAUCAUCAUCUUCAUCAUCAUCACCAUUACAAUUACCAUCAUUAUCAUCAUCAUACUCUCCACUUUCACCAUUUUCAUCAUCAUCAUCAAAUAAUCGACCAUCAGUUUCAUCUAAUGCAACAACAUCAACAUCAACAUCAUCAUCAUUAUCAUUAUGGGGUAGUACAACAAUCCCAAACGACGCCGUUCCUCUCCCUUUUCCUUCUCUCUCUACUUCCUCCUCAAUCUCUCUCCUCCGAUACUUCGUGUCUCUCACUAAAGGUUUAUUCAAGCUUGUUUUUCUUGAAAUUGAUGAUAAUUCGAGAUUUAGCCCUAAUAAUUUGUAUAAUUGUAAGUAUAAUUACGAUAGUUCUUCCAAUGUUGUUGCUCUGGUUUCUAGGGUUUCGGGGAAACCGAUGAAUUCAAUGGAGGAUUUUUCUAGGGUUUUGGCUGGGAAUGGGUGGGCACUUUUUCGGUCGUCGGAUAAGAAGAAUACGGCGUCGUCUUGUUCUGUGUAUAUGUUUAGGAAAAUGGAUUCGCAUCGAGUUCGAGCGAAGAAGAUGAUCAAUGGUUGUGAUGGUGGUGGAGAGUGUAGGAUUAGGGAGCUGAGAUUGCCUGCACUUGAUUUUAAGAAUGGUGUUCCUUUGAGGAUUUUGCAGUAUAUUUUGCUCAUGACUGAUGAUAUCUUCUAUCUUGCAUAAAUUAUUUGGGGGGUUAUGCAGCAUGAAUGCCGUUUUAGCGAAUUUCACGAAGACACCAUGCAUAUGCUGAUUCCGAAGCAGCUUUUACUCGACCGGAAAAGCAACCGCUUUUGUGAGCUUCCUAAGAAAGCAAGGAUGAAGAAUAGCUGCAGAAAAACGCAGCAACAGCGACAACAGACAGCUAGUAGUAAAACCCAGGAAUGAAAACUCUUGGAGAUAAUGUUCUUGUAUUCUUGUAUACUGCAAGUCUACACUACUAGUGUUCCAACUUCAUUUGAGUACAGUUUUCACAUUUGAGUUGUUAAUAUAGUAGACUGUAGCUAGUGGAGUAACACGACUGUAUUCAUCUGUAUGAGCUGUAAAAGAAAUCUUCUUUGUACUAUGGAGUUGAUAAGAAUGGAAAUUAUGGAUCACAAUCACAUCUCA